GCCGGUCUGUGUGUCGCUACCGCCGCCAGUCACGUCCAGUCAUGGCGGUUACACCAUUGUUCGCGGUACAUUAUGUACCGCCCGACGGCUCUCCCGCGGUGAAAUUCCAAGGGUUGGACUUCGAGAGAACCCGCGAUAUGCAUUCGACGGGAGAAAAUUGGGCGAUCUCGAUUCCCUCCUCCUCUCUUGAUCGCGCCUCCCGGGGAACUUUGACGUCCACAGCGAUGCACAAAGAGUCGCCGACGGCAUCGCCGCGACUUACGGGACAGGGCGAUUUUCGCUAGGCGGGGAGUGCAACUCGAAAUCUGCCCUUUCCGUAGCCGAACGUGAGCGGAUGGAUGUUUGGCAUUGGUGUUGUACAAGCGACUUUACGAGCAGCGCGCGAUAAAUCGAUGGCCCGAUGGCCCGAUAGUCGCCGCCGUGCGACAGGACGUCUAUGACGACUAUGAUUACGACGGAACGACGAGCUCGUACGUCCACCACAGAGGAACCAUGUAGGCUCGUCGUGCAAAAGGGAUUUACGAUUCGAUAGGUGCCGGUCUAAUAUUCAUAAGCUAUCGUUGUGUACCUCCUCUGACUUCGGGCAUCGGCGCAGGCGUGAGAGAGAUACUUCAUCGUCGUUUCAUCGCGCCGUUCGUAUCGUCCGUAUUGUCCUGGCACCUGCUGCACGAAAUACAAGGUACCGCUCGCUCACCAGCCUCGCGACCUUUAACCCGCCAACCGGGUCGAACUGAAGAAGAGACCGAAAGACCGGUGAAGCAGGUUGACUCGCACGCAUCUCGCUAUGUCAACGAGAACGUCGCCCGUGUUGACGAUCCUCGCGCUUCUUUUGCCGCUCGCGCUCUGCCAAACGCCGAUGAAUCUGCUGGUCGUGAUAGAGGAGGCCGAUUCGUCCAUCAUGGGUAUAUUGAACGACGCUGUUCCCGCGGCGGAGCAGAACUUUGCGAACGACAUGAUCACCGUUAACGUCGCGACCGUCACGGUGGACCGCGAGAAUGUGGACGCGAGUUUCGAAAAAGGCCUCGCGAUGGCUGCGCGAUUGCUCUUCAUUCUUCGUUAUCCGACAGUGUGCGCCAUUCUCUACAAAGGAAUAAGCAUCAUACUGGACAUGACGUGGACUGGUUGGGACAAGCUACGAAGCAUCGCUGACGACCGGGGGAUAAUAUACAAACGCGGCGAUUGCAGCAUUAAUCCUUACGUUCAAACGAUCGACGAUCUCUUAAUUAUGAAAAAUGCAACGGAUGUCGGCUUGAUUUUCGAGGACGAAAGAGAGAUGAAUCAGAGUCUUUAUUAUCUUAUCGGCAAUUCGAUCAUCAGAUUGGUGGUCAUUGGCGAAUUGACGGAGAGAACGGUGUCGAAAAUACGCGGUAUGCGGCCGUCGCCUUCUUAUUACGCGAUUUACGCUAGUACGCCGAAAAUGGAGGAACUUUUUAAAACGGCUAUCGAAGGAGGAUUAGUUAAGAGAGAGGGUAUUUGGAACUUAGUGUUUACGGACAAUAAUUAUCACGAAUUUCGAUAUCUCAACGAGCCUCUGUUGAACGUCUCAUUUACCAUUCUCACUAUGAAGACCGACAUCUGCUGUCGUUUGAUAGGCGAGGCGUCCUGUAAUUGUCCCACGAACUUCAAGAUAUUCCCCUUUUACUUCAAACGUUUAAUUGGCCUGAUCGUGAGUUUGAUGAGCGAUGUACAAAAAGCGGGUAUAAGUGUGGAGCCAAGGACAGGUCAAUGCUCCUCCAAUAACUCCGCUCCAGCUUCGAACACCACAGCGGAGACAUUCAACAAGAUUUUGAUGACGAGAUUGGACAGUAACGAUACUUUCGAGUACUGGUCGGAGAAGUCGAUGAUCACUUAUAGGGCGGAGAUCGAGCUGCAAAUGGUUAAUCACGCCUCUGUGGAGUCGCUCGCGACUUGGACGAGACGUGCAAAAAUUAAAGAAGCGGACGGGAAGAAAAUAGAGCCAGCCAGGCGGUUCUUCCGGAUUGGAACGGCACCGGCGGUCCCUUGGUCAGUCAUUAAGAAAGACCCAACGGGCCAAGAAAUGCACAACGAGGAGGGAAAGGAGAUCUGGGAAGGUUACUGCAUCGACUUCAUACAAAAACUGUCCGAAGUGAUGCAGUUCGAUUACGAUCUCGUUAUCCCCGAGGAUCUAGAAUUCGGUAGAAAAUUGCCCAAUGGCGAAUGGAACGGCUUGAUAGGCGAUCUGGCUCGGGGAGAAACCGACAUCGCCAUAGCGGCGUUAACGAUGACGUCGGAGCGGGAGGAAGUCAUCGACUUUGUCGCACCGUAUUUCGAACAGUCCGGUAUACUAAUAGUAAUGAGGAAGCCGGUCCGUAAAACGUCCCUUUUCAAGUUCAUGACGGUGCUGAGACUCGAGGUCUGGCUCAGUAUUGUGGGCGCUCUGACUCUAACUGGUAUUAUGAUCUGGUUACUCGACAAAUAUUCGCCGUACAGCGCGAGAAACAACAAGCAACUCUACCCGUAUCCUUGUCGGGAAUUCACGUUGAAGGAAAGCUUCUGGUUCGCACUGACGUCCUUCACACCACAGGGCGGCGGCGAAGCCCCGAAGGCGUUGUCGAGCAGGACUCUGGUCGCAGCAUAUUGGCUGUUCGUCGUGCUGAUGCUCGCGACUUUUACCGCCAAUUUGGCCGCCUUCCUCACCGUGGAAAGAAUGCAGUCGCCCGUGCAAUCGUUGGAGCAGCUGGCGAGGCAAUCGCGAAUAAAUUACACCGUCCUGGCGAAUUCCAGCGCUCACCAGUAUUUCAUAAACAUGAAGAACGCCGAGGAUAAACUUUACACGGUGUGGAAGGAGAUCACGCUGAACAGUACCAGCGAUCAGGUGGAGUAUCGCGUCUGGGAUUACCCGAUAAAGGAACAGUACGGUCACAUUCUGCAGGCCAUCACGCAAGUUGGUCCUGUGAGGGACACCGAGGAAGGCUUCAGGAAGGUGAUAGAAAGCGAAAACGCCGAGUUCGCGUUCAUUCAUGACUCGUCCGAGAUCAAGUAUGCGGUAACGAAGAACUGCAAUCUCACGGAAGUAGGCGAGAUAUUCGCCGAGCAGCCGUACGCCAUCGCCGUGCAGCAAGGCAGUCACUUGCAAGAGGAAAUCAGCAGAAAGAUCCUCGAUUUGCAGAAGGACAGAUAUUUCGAGACGCUGGCGUCCAAGUACUGGAAUCAAACGUUGAAAGCCCAAUGCCCGAAUUCCGACGACAACGAGGGCAUCACGUUGGAGAGUCUAGGAGGUGUAUUCAUCGCGACUCUGUUCGGACUCGGCCUGGCGAUGAUCACUUUAGCCGGCGAGGUGAUCUAUUAUCGCAAGCGCGCUCCGAAGGGUAAGCAGAACGGCAAUAGGACAACGAAGGAUGCGCAGAACGACAAAAUCAUGCGGAAGAUCGCGUCGAAGCUGCAACUGAAGGCCGCGCCUACCGACGCGCUUUUCGGCAAGCAACUCGGCAGUCAGCCACCGCGCGUGUCUCACAUAUCGGUUUAUCCGCGACAAUUCCCCUUUAAAGAGUAAGCCGCGCUCUGUUCAACGAUCCCUCGCUCUCUCUUUCCCUCUCGCCCAAAGGUACACGUGGCACUUUCGACAGAUAGAACUUUUCUCACGGGAGUCAAGAAGUAGUACUUAAGGCGUCGAAUUUUCUAUCUGUGUUGAAAUCGAUCCUUCUUCAAGCUUUUGCGUUGAAAUUCUUUACACACCUGUGCGUUAAUUUAACAUAUUGUGCUUGCUGUUAUCUCGAUAUUUUGCGUUGAGUCGGCAUUCAACAUGCGUACAUAUUGAAAUAACACAUUUUAUACUUUUCUCUCAGUGUCAUAUUAUGGAUAUGAAUUUUGCGUUAUUUU